UUUCCUUCAGUGUCUGCCCUACAUCUCACAGCUGAGCUGUGAUGAUGACAGGUUCUUCCAGAGGGUGUGUGAGUCCGUCCCUGUGAGGUCCAGAGAGGAGGACCAGCAGUUGGCCUCUCUCCUCCAGGCCUUGGGCUCCACCCUGUCACUGGGAGGAGAGUUACCCAGGAAAACCUGCAGGUCUGUGGGGAGAGUCCUUGGUCUCUGUGCCUCCAGAGUGGACCUCACUCUUACCCCCAGCAAGAUCUCUCUCCAAGGAGCCUUACUUAUUGUGAGACAUGAGUCAAAGCUACACAAGCUCAGGCUGAAUGUGGGCAUGGCAGUGAAACUGUCCAGACUGGUUAGGAGGACAGGGAGAGGUGCUACUCCACUGACUGUCCCAGAGCUCUCCCUGGUCCUAAAGAGCAACCAGCCACCAGAGAGAGUGUUAUCCAGGGCUCUGAGUAGUGUGGCAUCCCUGCUGAGACUCUGGAGGGUUCAGUGUCUGGACCUGACUGACUUCUGGAUCCAGGGUCACUCUCUCAUCACACUGCUGUGUCACCAGGGACCUCUCUCUCUCAGACUGAACUCAGACACUCUGCAGCAGCUGACUGUAGUUGUGUAUGAAGCUCAGGACAAGGACUUGACUCAGUGGUUCCUGGAGAAGGUUGGUGGAGACCUGACCUCCUGCAGGCUGGACCUGGAAGUGCUUCUCUCUCUGCUGCAGCAUUCAACCCACAACAUCACUGUGGACCUCAGGAAGAACAGGCUCCUAGAGAAGAACAUCUCAGAUCUUCUCCCCUUUCUGGGAAGGGUUAUAUUCAAGAGGUCCAGUUCCAGCUUUGUAAAGUCCACCAUCAGACAGAUCUAUGACAGCAGAGCCAGUGACUGUGUGUCCAGUUUGUUGAGGUCUUCAGACCAUUGGAUCAACCUGAACAGCAGAGAGCUGGACAGAGUGGACUGUACUGCUCUGGGUUUUAUCCUGCAGCACUGCCACCAAGUCAAAGUCAACCUGCUGUGGACCUCCAUACCACCGGGGGAGAUAGAGAGCAUCCUGCCUCUUCUGGACAGAGUCUCCCAACUCAGUGUUGACAGGAGGUUACUGCUGAGUUUCCUCCAGUGCUGUGCUGCCUCUCAGAUCCAGCAGGGGGCACCACCACCACCACCACCAACAGCAGUAUGGCUGCUCAGGUCUCUGCACUACAGGCUGGACUUCUCCUGCUCCUCCUCUGUGGACCUGUCAGCUCAGGACCAGGAGGGAGGCUCUGUGUCUGACCACUGA